AUGACGAGGGGUAAAAUAUUAUUUCCUGUUCAAAGCGAGGUUUUCUUUAGCUUUCCAGUUCGAACGAGACCUUUAACAACUGAUCUCAUCAUCGUCGCGAUUGUCUUUUGCGGCGUAUUAACCGCCUUGGAGGGCAGCAUCAUCCCUACGAGCUUGCCCUCCAUCAUUGCUGAUCUUGGUGGAGGCGAUAUCUAUAUUUGGGCUUCCAAUGGCUACUAUGUAGCUAUGCACGUGAAACCAGAUGUUCUUCUCGUGACUGUGUUCCAACCGCUACAGGGCCAAUUAGCCAACGUCUUCGGCCGACGCUGGCCUAUGAUUAUCUCGACGGCCGCCUUCGUCCUUGGCAGCGGCAUCUGUGGCGGUGCUACAAACAUGGAAAUGCUGAUAGUAGGCCGUGUGGUGCAAGGCAUCGGCGCGGGGGGCAUCAACGUGCUGAUGGAAAUCAUCGUCUGCGACUUGGUGCCCCUGAGCGAGCGAGGUAGCUACUUCGCCCUUACGUUUGGCUGCGUCGGGCUCGGUGCCGCCCUGGGGCCGUUCUUCGGUGGUCUCAUUGUCCAGCAUUCAACGUGGCGUUGGGUCUUUUAUCUCAACUUGCCUAUCGGCGGCUUGGCCCUGGCGCUGCUGUUUUUGUUUCUGCAUACCAACUACAACCGGGAGAAAACGUUCGCCGACAAGUUGACCAACAUUGAUUGGGCCGGAAACGCCAUAUUCGUUGCUUCGGUGACUUCAAUUCUCGUCGGCCUCGCCUGGGCUGGCACCCUACACCCCUGGUCAUCCUAUCAGGCGCUCGUGCCCCUGAUCCUCGGAUUCGCCGGACUGGUGGGCUUCCUCUUCUUUGAGUCAUAUCGGCGACUUGCUCCUCAACCGAUGGUGCCGAUCCAUCUCAUGUCGAACCGGACAUCAGCCACCGCGUUUGUCCUUGCUUUUGUGCAGAGCAUGAUAACCAUAUGGCCGCUUUUCUUCCUCCCUAUCUACUUUCAAGGCGUUUUGCGGGCAUCUUCAAGCAUAUCGGGUGUCAUGCUGCUGCCGACUAUCCUGGCGCUCAUCCCUGGUGUUGCCCUCGGAGGUGGCGCUAUGACCAAGAUUGGCCGCUAUCGUCCAGUCCAGAACGUCGGUUUCGCUCUGGCCAUCGUAGGCUUUGGAUUGUUCACGAUGUUGGAUGAGAAUUCGAGUACUGGUUGGUGGAUUGGUUUCCAGAUCCUGCAGUCGGUUGGUGCCGGUUCUGUGAUGCCGACGGUGCUUCCUGCUAUCUUGGCACCAUUAGCUGAAUCAGACACCGCGUUGGCUACAGCCUUGUGUGCGUUCCUGCGCAGCUUCGGCUUGAUGUGGGGUACCGCCAUCCCAGCUGCAGUCUUCAACACGCGCUUCAACCAGCUCGCGCCAGGGGCCAUCACAGACCAGUCUGUAGUGGGUGCGCUUAUAGUUGGAAAGGCAUACGAGCACGCCACAGCUUCCUUCGUCAACUCGCUGGCACCUGAUACGGCCGCCCAGCUUACAUCGGUGCUGUCUGACAGUCUGAAGCUGGCCUGGCAGGUUGGGAUCGCCGUCUCGGGUGUAAGUUUCUUCCUUGUCUUCGUGGAGAGGGAGGUCCCGCUUCGAAAGAAGCUGGAAACCGAGUAUGGCAUUGUGGAAAAGAAGAAGGUCAUGGCGGCUGAUGAGGCUGCUGAAGCCCGGACAGCAGAAUUGACGCCCAAUGAGGGGGAGGCCAAAAACUAA